ACUACCGCCGGUUAACAGUCGUUUUUCGAUGCGCGCGGUCUCCGGUUCCAGUGGGUUUAACCGGGCCUUGCUUUUUUACUAGCAAAACUGCUCCACAGAGAUAAGAGCAGUUGAAUUUGCUGCUGCUCGGAGAAGAAGAGAGAAGCUUCAAGGAUCGUCGGAGGAGCCGUGAGCUAUCACCGGCCGCCGCUUCUGCAGCUGAAUUUGCUGAUAAAUGGUUGGUGAGGUCGCCGCUUCCAUUGGGUCGCUGUAUCUUUGAUUUUUAUUUUUUAAAGUUCGCUGCUUUUUUUUGGGUCUCCUUGUCAAUUGAGACCUUCUUCUUUCAAUUGCAGACUAAUGUCCAGAGGGUCAAACCGAAAGCUUGUUUCCCGUGCAACCAUUCACCUGAAAGUCUUUCCCAGAACCCCAUCUAUAAUCCUUCCCCCGCCCGCCUCCCAUCGUUAUUUCUCCGAUUCACAGUUGGAGCUCAAGGGUUCAAACGAGGAAAAUGAAUGGGAAAGAUUGCUUAAACCAUUUGACCUCAAAGAGCUUCGAAGGACUCUCAGUAAUAGAGUCACCCCAUUUCAGCUCUGCAAGCUGCUUCAUUUGCCUCUCGAUGUCUCCAUUUCCAUGGAGCUUUUCAACCGGGUGGGCACUCAGAAGGGCUACAUGCACACAUUUGAUGUAUACUAUGCUUUAAUCGAUAAGCUUGGUGGUUCGAAGGACUUCAAAUCUAUUGAAAAGUUAUUGGUGCAAAUGAAGGAGGAAGGGAUUGUCUUCAGGGAGUCUUUGUUCAUCAUGAUCAUGAAGCAUUAUGGCAGAGCUGGUUUCCCUGGGCAAGCCACUAGAUUAUUGUUAGAUAUGAAGAAUGUCUAUUGCUGUCACGUCACAUUCAAAUCUUACAACGUAGUCCUCGAGAUACUCGUCGCUGGUAACUGUCCUGUUGUCGCGUCGAAUGUUUUUUAUGAUAUGUUGAGUCGAGGCAUCUCGCCGAAUGUUUACACAUUUGGAGUGGUGAUGAAGGCUCUCUGUAUGGUCAAUGAAGUGGACAAUGCUUGUUCUCUGCUUAGAGACAUGACCAAGCAUGGAUGUGUACCAAACUCUAUUGUUUACCAGACGUUGAUACAUGCUCUAUCGAAGAGGGAUCAAGUUGAUGAGGCUCUGAAGCUCUUGGAAGAGAUGUUCCUCAUGGGCUGUAGACCUGAUGUGGAUACGUUUAAUGAUGUUGUUUAUGGGUUAUGUAGGGCCGAGAGAAUCCACGAGGGUGCUAAGUUGAUUGAUCGGAUGGUUCUGCGUGGGUUUAUCCCGAAUGGAGUGACGUAUGGAUACCUAAUGGAUGGUUUGUGUAGAUUGGGAAAAGUAAAUGAGGCAGUUGCCUUACUGAAAGAAGUACCGAGCCCUAGUGUUGUCCACUUCAAUAUCGUUAUCAAUGGGUAUGUGAAGAGUGGUAGACUCGAUGAAGCUAAGGAAAUUCUCUGUGGAAAGAUGAUAAACAGUGGAUUUAUCCCUGACCUCUUCACAUUCAACAUACUUAUACACGGGCUUAGCAGGAAGGGGUUGUUUGGUUCCGCUCUCGAGAUUGUUGAUGAAAUGGGUCGGAAAGGUGUUGAACCAAAUGUGAACACGUUCACGGCUUUGAUUGAUGGUUUCUGUAAGAAAGGUAAGAUUGAGGAAGCUAGCCGGAUCUAUGAAGAGAUGUCUGCCAAGGGACUUGGUCUGAAUACACUGGGAUACAACACUGUCCUCCAUGCUUUAUGCAAAUGUGGGAAUAUGGCUGAAGCUAUGCAGAUUUUUGGUGAAAUGUCGAGCAAAGGAUGCAAGCCUGACAUAUUUACCUUCAACACUCUAAUCUUUGGUCUUUGCAAGGCCAAUAUUAUGGAGGAUGCCUUGAGACUCUUUCAUGAUAUGGUGUUAGAAGGUGUGAUUGCAGAUAGUGUUACUUACAAUACUCUAAUUCACGCUUUCCUGAGGCGGGAUGAUAUCCAGGAAGCGAUCAAGCUUAUGAACGACAUGGUUUUUCGAGGGUGCGCUUUGAAUGAGACAACUUACAAUGGUUUAAUACGUGCACUAUGUAAAGCUGGGGCUGUGGAGAAAGGGUUAGGCUUGUUUGAUGAAAUGAUCAGGAAGGGUUUAGUUCCCAGUAAUAUUUCAGUUAACAUAGUGAUCAAUGGCCUGUGCAGAGCUGGUCAGAUGAACAAUGCGAUGGAGCUUUUGCGAGACAUGAUUCAUCGAGGUAUUGAACCUGACAUCGUCACCUAUAACAGCCUGAUUAACGGUUUCUGCAAGAUGGGACGUGUCGACGAGGCAUUGAAUAUUUUCCGCAAACUGGUGAUUGAAGGCAUACAACCCGAUGCUGUGACUUAUAACACUUUGAUUUGCUGGCACUGCCGAAAGGGAAUGGUCGACGAUGCUUAUUCACUUCUGGAUAGAGGUGUCGAGAAUAAGUUUAUACCAAAUCAAGUGACAUGGAACAUCUUAGUCCAUAAUAUUGUUAAGGAUGGUGGAAGAGAGAGUCUGGUAUUUUGUUUGCACCAAAUCAUGUGAUGAGACGUGGAAUAUCUUGGUCCACAAUAUUGUUCUGGAUGGUGGAAGAGAUAAUCUGGUACAUUGAGGCACAUGCUUAGUUUUAGCUUCCCUGAAAUGGCAAUCAGGUUAGCCUGGCCCUGCCGGAAGGUAAUGCUUUAUUCAAGCUCCUUGAAUUCUGCUCUGAUACCCAAAUGGAUAUUCGAACCUGGCCUGUUUUGUUUUGUUCAGAACAUCACAUUGUUUCAUGAAAUAUCAUCCAACAGACUAGGGUAGAAUCUUCCUUCCAAUAGGUUUCUGGUGUUAUUUUUUCAUUAUGAUUAUGGAGAUAGAGCUCGAUCUAAUGGGUUAACAACUUAACAUGCAUGUUGUUUCUCCCAAACAGGUCAAAAUUGCUUAGGUGGCUGAUCAAGUGGCUUCAUAAGUCUCCAAUGCUUGCAGUUUGAAUUGACAGGUUAUAUUGCAGUGCCCAUUGACCACCCUUCAAUCACCUCAGCAUGAGAUUUGCUGUAACAUUCUCUUUACUCCACCCCAAACUUGACAAUGUCUUUACUCCAAGAUUGCCAAAUUAAUUAUAUGGUUGGACUGCUGAGUGAAAUUCGGUUAAGAUCGGGACAGAGUCCGGAUGGAUAUCCUUGUGUUCAUCACUUGAACUACUGCAGCAAGCAAUAGAUACAGACUCAACCUGUUCUUUGACCAUAUGUUGUGAGACUCUCCCAGGAUCCUUGUGGUAAUUAUUGAUGAUUCACUCAAGCCUUUUUUGUUUUUCUUUUGUUUGUUGAGUGCAGCAGUUUGGGGUUGUCCAGUUGUCCUGGUUCAGCUUUUCCUGCUCAUUCUCUUUACGCUUGGAUGAUUCCUCGUGAUUCCUGCUGUUUCUUACUUUCUUUCGUUGUGUUAGACUCUUUUUUCUUUGCCUAAUAUUGGUUUUCCAUCCUGAUAAAAAGAAAAAAAACACUGAUACUUGUUCUUCGAAAUGUUCAGGAUGUACGCUGCGCAGAAUGUGGAGAUUGCCUACCCGCAGAGAAAGUACUACAUAAAGCUGGCAAUGUAAUAACCAGGAGGCAUCCAUCAAAUAUCGAAAUGAGUUACUGUCAUUGUGAUGCGUCGGUCAUUUGGGGUAUCUUAAGUAGAUACACUGUUCUUCUUUAUACUACAGUUUAUGAUUGAAUUCGUUGUCUAUAAUUUUAUUUUAAGGAAUGCAGACUACAUUUGUUGUAAUUUAGCAGACUGAACAAUGGCAGAAAUUGCUGAAUGAGGUAUUCCAGAAGGCACAUAACAAAAUACAUCUUUAAUCAAAGUUGAUACAUUAGCUGAAUCGAACAUGAUAAAAUCACACAUUACACAGUUGAGCAAUAUCUCAACUAUACCGGAGUACAUAAUCUGUUCCUACCACUGAUACAAUCUAAACUCGUCAAUAAAAGAUCUUCAAUAUCGGGUCAUAUAUACCAUUAACCGCAUAAUCUGCAAAACAAAAACAGACUGACAAUGAAAUAACGAUGAGUCUCCUACUCCUCACCAUUUAAUGCCAAGAAAUAUUUGAUAUCAACGAUGAGGAAAUCUUGUCUUCCCAUCAUAACAUUAAGAGAUGAACAAGUGAAAGGAGACAUAUCAUUGAACUCUUGAGUUUCCAACUGCUUUAACUAAAGAGCAAGUCGCAAAUCAAUAAACAAGUGAAAGUUUCAAACUUGAUAACAAUGCCUCAGAAUUGCAGAAUUGACAGCAAGGCCCCUUCGAAGGGCCAUUCAGUCCCGAAAGAUGGUGUUCUUUUAUAACAGAUUUCCUCACAGGCAUUCAUUCAUUCACACAAGGAAAGGAGAGAUUUUCAGCGAAAAACUAGAGAAGGGUUGUAAGAAUGUUUGUCUCAUGCCUAGUCCCAGUAGGUAAAGGCGGCGACGCCGCUCCAAAAGGUCCAUGAGAAUGAGACUAGACCCUCAAAAGUUCCCCGCCCGGCGGAGAUACUCCGGUGAAGGAGCACCUCAACGCUAGGCGGAGAGGGGGGCAUCGAUAUUCGACGUUUACUCCGGAUUUUACAAGCAUUCGACUUUCGUCGGCUUGCUCCGAAUUUAAGAGCAAAGCACGUCGGAAUUUGCAGAAACAGAGAUAUCAGUUACAGGAAAUCAAGAGGAAGAACAAGAAGAAAAAGAUGGAGAGAUCUGAUAUGGGCGACGGUGAUGGAGAGGAAUACAGAGGAGAUGGUGGCUUUUAUAUACAGCGUGAGCCGUGAGAGAAUUGGCAGAGGGAAAGGAUAUUGCCGCCGACUUGCGGGAAAAGGGUUGUUUUCGCGGCAGCUGUUAGGGUUUUCUUGCAAGAUGGGCCGGGAGCUAGACUUAAUUGUUAGUUUGGGCCGAGCGUGGUGAUUGUCGGUACACUAAGGGCCCAACAAAAGAAAGAAGUCCGUAAAUAAAAAAGUUGCUUUCAU